AUGAAUCGCGCGCCUAGCGAGGUCGAUGAAGCCAUCGAGGCAAACCGACCUAUCGUUUCUAAUUCACCGACGAUCGAGAGGGAAAGGCAAGAGAGAGAGGACUCUUCCGGUUCCAGCAGUUCGUCAAGCAGCGAACCUGAAGAAGAGGAACCUCCGCGCAAGAAAUCAAAACGAGAUGCUCAGGUAACGGUCGAUCUCCGGAUCGACGCGUUAUACGAACAGGUCAGUUUCCUUACAAAUUUAAUUAUGCAUCAGCAAUGUGCGUCAUCAUCAAAUACAAAUGUGACCGCGAAAACCACUGACGUGAUUGAACAACCUGAACAGAAUAAUGAUGAUUUCUUGACCAAUCCUUGCUCUAUUACACUAAAAUCAUUAGAUUUAGGUUUUUGUAAAACUGAUUUUGAUGAGAAAAAAGUUCUUAAACCAGCCGAUGAACAACGUUUAAACCAGUUGAUAAAAUUGCAACAUUUUAAUUCAUCUACGUGGCAACACAUUCGGUAUAAAAAAGCAUUGACAGACAUGCUUGCGUUCCCAGGCUUUUGUAACUUAAAAAUUAAUGACGAAAUAUGUUGUUUAAAUAAGGGCAAAGAUUUCCUGGCCUCAACGGAGGAAAUUAUGGCUGCAAUUACCAAUGCUUUACUAUACCAAAGGCAAUUGCUACAAUCAGGUUUACAAGAAAUUGUUAAUUGGUCUCACAAUAAUCCUACGGAACUAACCUCUAAUAACCUUUUUAAUAAAAUAAGCGAAAUUUUCGGUAAUUCGUCGCCAUCUUAUAAAUUAUCUGAACAAACAUUACAAAUCGUCUGCGGCAAACGAGCGGAGUGUAUAGAAACUAGGCGUAAAAGAUUAAUUAGCGAAAUUUCUGAUAAAAGUAUUCAAGCCGCUCUCGUUAACAUACCUCCCAGCGAGGAAUUUCUAUUCGAGAAGGCACAAUUGAUGUCGCUGGUGCAAUCCCUCGGCGGGCCUCAUUAUUGGUUAUCACCCCCACAAAUCUCUAAAAAUAGGGACCAAGCAAUUGGGGUAGCUAAACCAAAAUCAGUUAGGUCAUUUGUUAGUUGGGACCCAAAUGUAGUUCUGGAAUGGCUUUCAGCUAAUUCACCUAAAGAUACGCUCUUUGAAAUAUCGCGUAGAACAGCAACAGUGUUAUUGCUAGCUUCUGGACGUAGAGUCCACGAUCUUACCUUGUUGCGAAUUUCCAAAGACAACUAUCUUGAUAAUGGACAAAACAUCUAUUUAAUACCGGCAUUUGGUUCAAAGACUGACAGACAUGACUGCCGCCAAUCUGCUUGGAAGCUGUCUAAACAUCCUGAUAAGAACAUCUGCCCAGUUAGUUUAGUUAGAUGUUUAAUAGAGAAAACCAAACAUAGAAGGUCGGAUGUUAAAGACUUAGACAACCUCUUCAUUACAAUUAGUAAUAAAGUAAAAUUUGCUUCCCGUACUGUAAUAGGCAACUGGGUGCGCACAGUUCUUAAAGACAGUGGCAUUGAUGCUUCCCCAGGGAGUUGUAGGAACCAUGCAUUCCGUAAGCGCAAGGAGCAGGCUGCUGCAGCAUCAGAGCAGUGUAACCAGAUGACGCUGCAGGCUGGUCUUCGGACCCUGCACGAGGCGGGGCCGGAGCUGAAGAGAGCGAUAUCAGGAAACCUGGAUGAAGUGGUCCCGGAGACUGUGGAACCUAUGCAUAGGCGUAACCACACACUGUUUGGUGCAGUGUGGACCAGUAUAAAGAAAGGCAAGGAAAGUCUGUACAGACCUCCGCCCAAGUUCAAGCCCUUGGCUGUAGCUGGUAAUGGUAACGAGGAGAGUAAGUCACUCAGCUGGAUGAUGCAGCGGGAACUUGGAAUGGACGGAAAAGUGCCGGAGGAUGAGAAUAAAUACGAAGACGGCAAUCAAAGUGAGGGAGAAGAGGAGAUAGCGAUGCAACCCUUACUCCACGGGAAGGACUCUGAGAAGAUAUUUAAAGCUAUCGAAAAAACGUCCAACGAUUUAAUGCAGAGUAUGAGAAACAACUAUCGUGACAAAGCGCCAGCGCAGUACAACGACGUGCCAUACUGUGUAGAACAUCCAGCGGAGAGCCUCAUCACUCGCGUGCUUACAGAGCAAGGGCUGGGCAAGUACUGUGACCGCGAGUUCGUGCGCAGCACUGCGCGGGAGAUGCAGGACGCGCUCGACCUCACGCAGGAGGAGAUGGACACUGCUGCCAAUCAAAUUAUUUUGCAAGAGCGAAAAAUGAACAGAGUUCAACAACCUAAUGAGGUGGAUCGCAUACUGUCACAGCAGUAUCAUCCCUUCCAUCAGCCAGUCCAGGCUCCUGCUAGGAAAAAA